AUGCCACACCCAUUCCAUGGGAGGAUAUGGUUCAGGUGUCAUUUUGGACCUGGCGAACGUAAGGUCGCAUCUGCUGGUCAUGUUCACAUGGAGUUGGUUUCUUCGCAUUAUUCUAUUUUAUUUUUGCUUUUGUUCCAGCUCCCCAUCGAUCCUUCAAUCGCUCUCAAUAUCUUGACCUCCUCAUUGAAGUCUCAUCUCAAUCUUCUGCAUCACUCAAUUGCAAAGCACACACGAGCAGAUAUUACUAUGGCACCUGUUACCAUUACCAACGCAACUGGUGGCGUGAUCCACGUCACGAUCACUAAUUACGAGGACACAGGCUCGAUGGGUGUCUUUGCUAUCGAUGCCGGCAGUGCUUCGGUCUGGCAGCGAGGCCAAUUUCAAUCGAUGACCGUGUUCAGGGAUAACAAUCCGGUCCCGGAGGUCUCUGUUAUCCAACCUUCCGCGCAGCGCAUUAUCGAGUAGAUGCAGUGGAUGACGACGUGCGCACCGUGUUCCUGCUAGUAAUAAGUGUUGUGUUGUAUAACAAAGUUAGAAAUUGGAAUUGGCACUCUGCGUUUCGAUCCUGAACGUUCUGAAAAUUAUAUUGGACCUCGGUACCGGUCUGCAACCACUUCGUGAAAGAAUGAUGCAUUACUCUGGCUGCAUACUACCUUCGAGUUGUGAUGCAUCGUCUAAAGGCUUGCCUGCUGAAAUGGAGUUGCAACGUUGAUUCAUGGGUAAGGGAAAAUGUUGGCGUGGAUGUCACCUUCCAAGGACUCCAUUAUACCACCGUACGGAUCGCGAUAUACCAGUAGCGUUACAGCAUUGUGCGGGAAUGAAAGGGGAGAGCCUUUUGAAGGGAGAGCUUAGCAAGACAGGAAUGCCCCACUGAGGUCCAUAGGUAAGAUCACAACACAUUACAUGCU